CUCUUCUUCCUCCCCAAAGCCCCGCUCACUCCACUCAUCCGUCGCUCCCCGCCGCGGCCAUGGCCACCGCCACGCUCCCCCUCCGCCUCCUCCCCUCCAAAACCCUAUCCCUCCCCGCCAGCUCCCUCCCUUCCUCCCGCCGCUCCCUCUCUGUGGCCUACGCUCCCCGCCGCUGGCGCCUCCUUGCGGCCGCCGAGGAGGCGCCCGAGCCCGUGGAGGUUGAGUUCGUGGAGCCCGAGGCGGAGGCCGUCGAGGAAGCCGGGGAUGAGGUGGUUGAGGAGGAAGCGGCAGUUCCUGAGCCUGUCGAGGUGCAGCUUGCGGCCGCGGGCGCCGGGAAGGACGCCGACAUCUUCGCCGUUGUCAUGAUUGGUUCGAGGCAAUACAUUGUGAUGCCAGGCCGGUAUAUAUACACACAGAGAUUGAAAGGUGCCAAUGUCAAUGAUCAGAUCAUAUUAAACAAGGUGCUACUUGUGUCAACUAGAGACAAAGCUUACAUUGGCAUGCCAGUGGUGACCAAUGCUGCGGUUCAUGCAGUGGUCGAAGAACAGGGACGGGAUGAUAAAGUUAUAGUCUUCAAGUUCAAAAGGAAGAAGAAGUACCAGAGGAAACAUGGUCACAGACAGCCAAAUACCAGGUUAAGAAUCACGGGCAUAAGUGGAUACGAAGAGUACCCUGCUGACCCUAUACUUGACCCUGUUGCAGCUUAAGUUAAAUUGGAAGUUAUGUAGUUACAAACGGUUGGUAAUGCAGUAGCAUGCAAGUCUGCCUUUUGUGUCUUCGAGGAACAUUUUUCAACAAAUUUACUCUGUUUACAUGUUCCAAAUGCUGCCAGUCAGCCAGUGGUUCCAAUCCUCUGUUUAUUCCACCAGCUCUCUUGUUUAUUUUGAGAUUGUGUAUGCUAGCCAAUUGUAUUACCUGACCGCUCCUAAAGAAGAGAUUGUUUUUACGUACAA